AUGGCAUCUGAGGCAGGCAAGGAUCAACUCGUUCUCGCUUUCGGCACUGGAACAGUAGCUACAAUUGCCCCUAAUGAGGACGGAUCUGGUGAUAGAGCUGAUUUGGGAUACGCCACGUCUCCACUUCCACCCAGUAUUGCGAACAUAAUUGAUGCUUCUGUGUCUGUACAGCACCAUCCAACGGCUGAACUUGAAUCAGACGAUUUGACCGAUUUGAAGAAAAGGGAACGGGUUGUUGUGAAGCUGAGGUUCAAUGUGUACGUUCGAGCUUGCUGA